AUCAGAAAGUUCUCACUCACUCAGGUGUGGUGAACGUGUCACCAGCCGAGCACGUACAAAGCCCUCUGAUUGGCUAAGCUAAUGUAUUGUUUGCUGUGUGGUUGGGUCGUCAAGAACACUGCACUUGUGCGAACGUCGGAGUGUUUACAGUUGACGACUUUUAAUUGACUUAUCUUCUUGAUAAACAUUUUUUUAACGUUUUUUUUACUCAUCUUUUAAUCAUGAUGUCUGCAUGAGUGCGCGUUUAUACAGAGGAAAGGGUGAAAGGAGUCCAGAGGGGGCGAAGGCUGCUUCCUACAUCCAGGACAUGGAGCUGAGGGAGGAAUGGCAGGAUGAGGAGUUCCCCAGACCUCUUCCUGAAGAUUCCCAUAGUCCUGAGACCCAAGGAGAAAAUGCAGAGAGACCAGCUCCACCCACCAGCCUGGCCCUGUCAGAAAACCCCAUAAGGAAGAAGCGUCUGGUGGCGCCCACCCUCAGCCUGACCCUGUCCCGUACCGACUCAGCGGACCGCAGUGUGAAGUCAGGGGACACCGGGUACUCUGCCGCCGCCCUCUCACCCGACGAAGAUGACACGGAGCUGGACAUCAACCUGGAGGCCCUGGAGACGCCCUCGGACAGCGAGUCCUGCAACUUCCCUGACAGCAUGCACGAACUGGAGUGGGAGGAUGACCUGCCACGGCUGGGCCGGGGGGAGGAUGGUGUCUCAGGCACCACGGUGAUGGAGCAGGCAGAGAUGGGCUCGAUGGAGCUAGACCAGGUGGACAACAGGGGGCGCCGCUGGAGAAGGUUCUGCGUUGCAGGACAGGAGUACCACGUCAACAUGAGUGUCCUGGAGCCAUACCUCCAGGUGCUCUCUCACGGAGGUUAUUACGGGGAGGCUAUGAACGCCAUCAUCACGUUCUCCUCCUGUUAUCUACCAGAGAACACGGUGGAGAACUAUGAGUACGUCAUGGACAAUCUCUUCAGGUACAUAGUGGGGACGCUGGACCUGAUGGUGUCAGAAGGCUAUGUCAUGGUGUACCUGUGCAGCAUGGCUCCCAGGAAUAAGAUGCCCGCCAUCAAAUGGCUGCGACAGUGUUAUACCUCCAUUGACAGAAGGUUGAGGAAGGAUCUGAAGGGGCUCUUUGUGGUCCACCCUGCCUGGUACAUCAAAGCACUCAUCACUGUCGUCAGGCCUUUCAUCAGUGAGAAGUUCAGCCAGAAGAUCCGCUUCAUUCACAGCCUGCAGGAGCUGUCUGAGUACAUCCCCAUGGAACGCCUGCAGAUUCCCGACAGUAUCCGAGAGUAUGAUGCGAGGAUGAACGGGUGAGGGACAUAUCGCGGGAAGCCAAAGAGAGGACAUUGAGAGUGGAUAGGCGAAGGAGGGGAAGACAGCAGAUGACUGGGAACUAUGGGCUGAAUUACCAUCAAAGUUCAAAAGUUAACUAGCCCAAAUGUCACCCUGCAGGUAUGCUUGGACGUGCAGCACUUUUGUUGUACAGAAAAUGAAAGACUUUUAGUGUGUACAGACACACCUUUAAUUUAUUCAUCGUUGAAUGUAAUGUCACUAAAGAAGUUCACUUAACCAUGCCACUGGCUUUGCAACAGUUUCAGAACUGCCCCUAUUUUGUGGUACUUUAAUGCAACCCUAUCAUAUGUAUUGAUGCCAGAGUGAUUUGUGGGACCUGUCGUCAAGGAGCAACCUACAGUCAGUUUGAACGCAACACUUAGAUGAAAGGUCCAGAUGGUUCUGUUACAGUUACCUUCACUGGAACUCACAUUGACAUUUACUGCUGCUUUAUCUGUAAGGGCUUACUGCACUCUAGUGCCAAGUACAACACUUUGGGAUGUCACCUUUUAAUGUUUACUCAAAUGUGAUUGAUGCACAACAAAUACUUUAGGUUAAGAUGGAGACAAAGUCUAUUUAAUAAAAUAAAUCUGAAUUUACAUCAUGACAUAAA